CUUACUGGUGUGGGCGUGUCUGCACCUCUAGAGAAGAACUUGUACACACACAGCUCUGAGCUUCAGCCUCCAUUCUAAGCUAGCUAUCUUCCAGGAGACAGUAGAAGAUGAACUCGUUGCUGUUGCUCGUGGUUGCUUUGUGUGCAGGCCCUGUGUGGUCCCAAGUUACCCAGGCCCCUGUUGCUGGGCAGUGUGAGCUACAAGGCUAUGACCUGCACAGGCUCACAAGUGUCGACCAAUGGACCUUUGAUUUACCCAAGACGGCACAGUGGCUUAUCCCGACUAAUAUCAGUGCAUCAGACGUGGCUUCUGUGAGCGUAUCCAUGUCUCUAUGCAAACCGUUACCGAGCGGCAACUGCAAGUCUAACGAGAAUGCUACCGUAUGUCAGCACAUCAUACUCAAGAAUGGAACCUCGGUUGAUAUAGACCUGGCUAGCUUCGACAAGUCGGAAAAGCUGAAUUAUCUGGAUUCAUCUGCUGGAUUCUCUCUUCAACAGAAGUCUCAGAUCCCUGUCAACUAUACUCAAUGUGCUUCCGGCAAACUGAAUACAAUACUCGGCUUUGAGUGUAACGCAACCUCAAAAUGGUCCGACAAGAAUAUCUCUAAUUUUGUAUUUGCUGAUGAUAGACUCUCUCCGUGUUUUAUUGAGAUUGCUUUCAAGUACAAUGGCUCCUGCUAUAAUGCUCCUACCGUUGCCCCUGCCAACUGUCAGCUGGAUGGAUACAACACAAGCACUCUAUCCAAACAACCGUUCUGGUUUGCUACCGUACCACACACGGUGUGCUUCAACGGUACAGAGGACAGACUCUGUACCAUCUUCUUCUCGUUCUGUCAUGCCAUUCCCGAAACCACACUCUUCAAUCUAGACAGCUGUCACAAGGAGAACGCAGCCGUCUGUCAAAUUGGUGAGAGCAAAGAUGGAGUCAAAGAGAGUGAAUACAGUAUGGGGCAGUACAAAGAAACAACACGAUUCAUACCAAAUGAUGAGGCAGUGAACGGUGGUUUUCACCUGGAGGCUCUCAACGGGAGCAAUCCAAAAAACGACAGCCAUUGUAAUUCCAAUUUCAAUACAAUUAUCAUCCUCGGAUGUAACAAGGAUGUUCAAUGGCCGGAAAGUGGAGACUUGACUAAUCACAUCGUGCCAUAUUAUAAUGAACAAUGCCAGUGGGUAUUUGAGCUCCAGUAUGAUGGUGCCUGUCUUUCCGAAUUCCCAGUUGUUAAUCAGGACGUGCCUUCUCCUGUCGGCUGGAUACUCAUGGGCCUUUGCGGACUGGCCGUGAUCAUCUACUUGGCGGUGGGAAUGUCCGUCCAGUAUUUUGUAAAGGGAGCUCGUGGCUCUGACAUUAUACCUCAUGUCACUUUCUGGACAGGAGUUGGUACUCUAGUUGUUGAGGGUUGCAAAUUCUCACUGGAUGUGGUUACUUGCUUCCAUUUCAAGGAUGGUUUUAAGCCUAUUCGUGGACCUAACAGCGGUGUGCAGUACGACCAGAUUUAAUCUAUUGGUCGUAUUAGACUGUUUAUUGUAUAUUCAUAUUUCACAUUUGUAACACACUCGUAGAGAAUUUUUGCAUUGCUGUUCAAUUGUAGAAUGUAGUUAGCAUUUUUGUUAUCAGCGUUUUUAUAUUGUACUCGAGUAUGAAUUUAUUGUGCACACAAAAUGAAGUAAAGCUGUCUAUA